AAUGCAAUACUGGAAGUAUUACGUUUGUGGGGCGCUAAAAUAAGGGCAAUUGUACGGACCAAGGCGAUGUAAGAGUUUACGUUACUCUUAUUUUUACAUUUUCCCGAAACCUUGACCCGGAAGUGCUUUUUUAGUGUUGCUGACGAGACACUAAUUACUUUCUGGAUGUGCCGUUGUUGUUGCCAUUUCCACAUUUAUUAAUUUUAUUGCAUGUUGAUAUACUGCUGUAUGUUGUUAGAUUUGUUGUUUGUUAUCCAUACAUACAUUUGAUAACAACUUUUCCAUCAUGGACAAACGAGUCAAAGCUUCUGUCAGUACGGGUCCCCCUCUUCCUCUCUCCUCUUUGCGACUAUUGGUUUCUCCCCUGCGGCUGAUGUAUUCAUUUGUAUGGCAUGUGGUGAAUCAACGCAAUGUGAUGCACUAUGGGAAGGUCGAGGAGUUUGUAACUGUGGUGACUGAAGCUGUUCCAAAGUUGCUGAGUUACAAACAGAGGGCUCAACUCAUCCUGGGCCUGAGAGCAAGGAUGAUCUUGGAGAUGUUCCGCAAGGGUUGUCCACCUAACCCUCAGGCCAUCCAAAGGCUCCUGGGAAACAUGAACAUCAGUGCAUCCUCAGGGCAGCAAGAUGUGGAAGUGGAGGAGUCACAGGCUAACUUUGUGUCGCUGGUCCAAACCCUUUUGAAAAACCCUUAUGAGAGGAAGCACUUCUUCCAGGAGGAGUUCCAUACACAGUAUGGCUCGAAGUAUGACACAGCACUGCAGGCCCUUGUGGGAGGCUUGGUCUUCAGACUGGAACAACUGUUAUCUGUGCCAGAUCUCUCCCAGAUAGCAUCUAUGAUCAGUGCUGACCCCUCUGACCUGGAGGAGUGUGGGCAGUCUAUGUCUGACCCUGAGCAGCUGAAGAUCCUCCUCCAUCACCAGAAAUUGCUAAAUAAAACCCAGUUCAACAGAAAUGUACCUCUCACUUCUUCUGUGGGUGACUGUGUGCUGUCCUCGCUGUCCUUCCGCCUCGCCUGUGGAAUGCCAUCAAUGGAGCCAGAUUUUGACAAGCCAUCAGAAUCAUUAGAAGCCGCUCUAAGUGUCAUGAACCCUGCCUCCUUCAGUGACCUGGAGGAUUUGGGAAUGAUGUCAGAUGACUCGCCCCAUGCUGGAGAAGAUAGUACUCUGCAGAGAGAAGAGGGUGCCAAGGAUAACGGAAGUGGGGUGAAAAAUGCAGUGUGUGACAGUGAAGAAGACGAUGCACUGCCAGAGAGCCCGUCUAGUCCUCAAGGUGUUAGCGGACUAGUGGGAGGGUCGCCAUCAAAAGGGGCACCAACAGUAAGGAGUAUGCUGCCAACAGAGAUACACCAACCGCUUGUAUCACUGAUGAGUAGUUCCUUCACCAAAUCCUCUCCUUCACAGAUAGUCAAAUUAGUCAUCCCUGCCACGGUCACCAUUGGGAACCAACCGGGUAACCCACCGGUCAAAGUAGCGAGUUUCCACCAGUGGGUCUCCCACAUUGCAAGUAACUCGAUCUCGCUCCCUUCCUUGCCACCCCUUCCACAAAACAAUGAUGUAGACAAGGAGAUCCGGUCAGGUGACACAUGUCUUGGAAGCAGUGUGUUAAUUGGGGGUCAGGAAACAGAAGCCAAUCUCUUUGAGAGGGCUGUUAUCCGAAGGAGAUGGGUGCCCAAGCCACAAAGAAUAACGGUACCCUCGAAGAGGAAAAUCCCUGAGGCAACCAUCAUUUGCCAGGAGUGUGGGAAGAGUUUUGUCUAUCCGUCUCAGCUGGAAAAUCACCUCCGCAUUCACACAGGAGAGAAACCGUUCAAGUGCACUGAGUGUGGCAGGGCCUUCAGGUCCUUAGGAGGCAUGACCACUCAUAUGAAAAAUCACUCUGAAGCGCGGCCAUUUAAGUGUGAUGAGUGUGACAAGGGCUUUCGGAAAAAGGCUGACCUGAAGAAGCAUCAGCUCAUCCACAUGGGUGCGAAACCACAUAAAUGCACCAUCUGUGGAAAGGGCUUCAGCCAAGCAUUCUAUUGCAGAAUACACAUCCAGUCUCAUGCAAGUGAAAAUAACUUUCCCUGCACUCAUUGUCCGAAGAGAUUCCCAACCCAAUACAAGCUGUCUGUCCACGAGCGCUGGCACACCAUGGAGCGCCCGUUCAUCUGUGAGCAGUGUGGGAUGCGCUUCUUUCAUCCCAGUGGGCUGAAGAGGCACAUGGGCUAUCACAUUGGGAACCGCCCAUUCCUGUGUGCCCAGUGUGGAAAGACUUUUGUUUAUGAGUUUGACCUGAAGAAACACCAAAGGGACCAUGGCCCCAAGCCCAAGAUCCCAUGCCCUGUCUGCCAGAAGGUGUUUGGCAGCAACGGACUCAUCAAGGCCCACAUGUUUACGCACACCUCUGUAAAACCUUACAGAUGUGACAUAUGCGACAAGACCUUUAAACAGAGCAGCAGCUUGAGCAGUCACAAACGGCUGCACACGGGUGAACGGCCUUACCACUGCGACAUGUGUGGGAAGACAUACAAGCUGAAUCAGCACCUGAAGGAGCACAUAAUUAUCCAGCACACGGCGGAAGGGCACCCCUGUGACCAGUGUGGAAAGGUCUUCAAGUUACCACGUCUUCUGAAGGCUCAUGAGCGGUUGCACUCAGGGGAGCGAUCUGAGCAACCAAGGAAAUACAGUCACACCAGCCGUCGCAGGAGAAAUUCCUCCAAAAUGAGUUGAUUUUCUGCACAUUGGCUGCCUUCCACACACACUGACUGGGAUGCUAUUUUUAAUGUCCUGACAAAUUGCCAAUAGCUGUAAUAAUAUUCCUCAUUUUUUGUUGUAGACUUUAGAUUUUGGACCAUUUUGGACCAUAAUUCAGGAUAUCCUAAAUAGACUGAACACUGAAAAAUAGUAUAAUGUCUGGCUUAAUUAAUGCAGCAACAAACAUAUCUCCUGUUAGAUAACAAUUCAUGAUUGUGUCAUUAAAAUGUAUUUAUUUGUUGUUUUUUGUAUAGGUUGAAAUUCUAAUGACAUAAGAUGUAAAUUGACAGCUACUCCCUAAUCUCUUUUUGAGAGUAGUCAAUGAUUGCCGGAAGCCUUUACAAAAAAUAUGCACAACAUUUGAUGUUGGAUAAAGGCAAAUAGUCACAAUUGUGUGCCACUACUCAUUUGUUUUGCUAUUUUAUUCACAGCAAGGGAAACCAAAUGUAUGCUAGAACGGUUCUGUGUGAUGACUUUUUAUAAUACAUUUAAAGUGUAUUAAGCCACAAAAUAAAAAUUCAUACUCAACCAAA